AUGUCCGAUAGUGAUCACCCGUCCGAUGGUGCUACAGGAACUGGUCCGCCUAUUCAGCGUUCUAGCCAAUUUGACGCUGUCGUCGAACAGUUUAAAGGUUAUGUAGAUUCAAGAUUACAUGAGCUUUCAACCGAGUCGGCGAGUAACACUGAAUCCAGCAAAUCUCUCUCCAAAACGAAGAAACUCCGCAGAGAGGCCGAAGCUUCUAUGCUGAAGAAGAAGGGGAAUCUCAAGCAGUUUCUCUUCAACGCUGAACUCCUCGACGAGGUCCAGUCCAUUACUGAAGACCUUCAAACGCAAGAUACAGAUUCGGCGAACAAAACGGCCAAGCGUACAAUUAAACUCAUUGGAAGGCGUCAGAAACUCAUCAAACUCGCCGACAAGAGUGAACCCGGCUGGUUAGCAGUAGACGAAUAUGAGAGUGAUGAACUCGCCAGAGACUCGGCCGACGAGAAGCGUAUCAGAAUGGCACAAGAUAAAGCAGUCCGUAAAAAGUUUCAGAUGGCUAAAUCUGCUUCUAGGUCUCGCUCUACUGGUAGUAGCAUACGGAAUGUUCCGUCCAACUCUCAGGAUAAUUUGCUUUUUCGAGGUUUGUAA